AUGAGUAAAAAACGGAAAUUGAAAAUUGUUAAACCAAAGAAGCUGAGAAAGUCUUCAAUAAAUAAGAUAAGAAAAAAUUUUAAUCUUUUCAAUGAGAUUGAUGAUAUUGAUAAUUAUGAUAAAUUAAUAGAUAUGGAAAAGUCUAAUAAUAAUAGAUUCUUAGUUCUGCAAGACACGGAUGGAAUAGAUAAAAUUGAUGAAAUUCCCAUUGUUGAUAUAGAAUCAGAUACUUCAAAUGAUGAUAUAGAUAACUUAGAGGAUUCUUUAAAGGAUAAUAAUGAUUUUAUUGCAGUUUCUUCAACCUCAGAAGAGGAUUAUGACGAUAUAUCUGAGGACGAGGACACAGAUGGAAAUGAAAGUAGUCAUGCUGAUGAGAGAACUUUAAAUACUGAAUUUCCGUGGUUAUUGAACCACGAUCAUUCUAAGCAAAAAGAGAUUAUAGAUUGGUUGACUUUAGAAAUAAAAGAUUUUGUUGCAUAUAUUUCCCCAAGUAAAGAAGAGAUUGAAAUUCGUAAUGUAACUAUUUCGAAAAUACGAAACUCUUUAAAAGAAUUAUGGUCUGAUUCUGAUUUACAUGUAUUCGGUUCAUAUGCUACAGAUCUAUACUUGCCAAGCUCAGAUAUUGACUGUGUUGUUAAUAGUGAAAAUGGGGAUAAAGAAAAUAGAAAUGACUUGUAUUCUUUAGCAACGCAUUUUAAAAGAAAUGGCUUGGCUAUUCAAGUUGAAGUUAUAGCAAAAGCAAGAGUACCAAUUAUUAAAUUUGUGGAACCAAACUCAAAACUACAUAUAGAUAUUUCAUUUGAAAGGUUAAACGGCCUUGAAGUUGCAAAAAUUAUACGAGAAUGGUUGGAUGAUACACCAGGGCUAAGAGAACUGGUACUUAUUGUAAAACAAUUCUUAGCGGCUAGAAGACUGAACAACGUUCAUACUGGUGGUUUGGGUGGUUUAUCAAUUAUAUGCCUUGUUUAUUCUUUCUUAAAGUUGCAUCCAAGGAUAAUUACAAAUGAUAUAGACCCUAUUGAUAAUUUAGGUGUACUUCUGAUAGAUUUCUUUGAAUUAUAUGGUAAAAAUUUUGCAUAUGAUGAUGUAGCAAUUAGUUUCCUUGACGGAAGAACGUCUUACAUGCCGAAGUCAGAAUUUAAACAAUUUCAGCCAGUAAGAAAUCCAUUUUCUUUGGCAAUUCAAGAUCCAAAUGAUCCUUACAAUAAUAUCAGUAGAGGUAGUUUUAACCUAAGGGAUAUCAAAAAAGCUUUUUCUGGUGCUUUUGAUCUAUUGACCAACGUUUGCUUUGAGAUGGACUUCGCAACUUUUAAAGACCGUGUUGGUAGAAGUAUCUUAGGUAAUGUUAUCAAAUAUAGGGGAGAGAAAAGAGAUUUUAAAGAUGAACGUGAUUUAAUUGAAAAUGCAGCUAUCUUGACCAAUGAAGAAUAUCAUAGGAAAAGAAGUAGAAUUGUUCAUGAGGACAUUUUUCUAGAUACUACUGAUAGUGAGCCUGAUUUAGAUGAAGAACAAGAUAUGUACCAUAUAGAUAUACCUGUGCCAAAGAAGAGGAAAGUUCAAAAAGAAAGGACCAUUAAUCCAGCUAUCCUGCUUGCUCAAAAAAGGUCCAAGUUGAAAAGCUCGAAAUCAGAUUCUAAAAGUGAAAAGCCCAACAAAAAGAAGCAAUUACCAGAUAAAUUUAUUGAUUCACUGAUGGGUAUAGUAAGUGAUGAUGAACAAGAGGAAGGAGAAGAGGGUAAAAAUUCAAUUAAACAAAAGAUCAGUGGACACUCUCGUUCAAAAGAUAAUAAAAAAUAUGAGACGACGACUGAUUACAAUAGUGAUGAAGAGAAAAUUGAGUUGAAGAAAAAAGUUGAUGCACAAACAAGAAGAGAUUAUUGGUUAAGUAAGGGCCAAUCUAUGUCAACGAUCGCGACAACUUAA